GUGAGGAAAUUGCAUGUACAACAAAUUAAUAAAGCAUUAAGUCGUUCAUCAUAUAUAUCACAACAAUUAAAUUAAUUAAGAUCAUAUACAUAAUUAGCGCUCAAAUUAAGGAAGAACAUGAAGAGUGUAUCAGUUAACCUGCUUGCUCCAGCAGCUGUUUUGGCAAUGUUAAUCUUGCUCAGUACAACAGCUUCAGUGGAUGGAAGGGUGGCAACAACAACUUCUGAUGAAUUGCCACAGGAAUAUAAAAUAAUAAUAGAAAAAGUGAUGAUAAUUGAACCAAACGCAGAGAACGGAAACGAUGACGAGAAAACAAAGAUGAUUGUGAUGGCGCAAGGGAAUACUAAUGGUCUGGAAUGCGCAGGAAAAGGUGGAUAUUGUAACAUAUUUUUUGGACCAUCUUGUUGCUCUGAACACCCAUGUAUUACUCUUGCUGGUAUUGCUGGUGGCUUUUGCUCUGGAUAAGGAUAAGGAUAAGGAUAAGCUAGCUACCAAGCAACCAUUACAACUCGCUAUCCUUAUGCUUGCUUUCUGCUUGUUUGCUUGCUUUCUAGUUUCUGCUUGUGUGCGUGCGUGCGUGCGUGAGCGCGUGGGUGUUCUAUUCUAAUCAAAGAUGUAAUUGUGUGUUCGUGCGCAGUGACUAUUCCCUCUGUUUUCCUAAGUUCUACGGUUCUACCCAUGACUAUCCAUGGGUCGAACUUAAAAAACUUUAACCACCGUGUCUCAUUAUUUAUGUACUCUGUAUAAAAGAAAGAAACAUAUAAUGAGAUACUCGGGCCGUCCCUUAAUACUUGUACCGCUUUUUUUUUC